AUGUCGUCCCUUUUCAAAAAGCGACUGUGCUGCUUCUACUGUGGCCGUCGAUCAGUUCAGUCCCAGCCCGGUCCCAUCCGCCAGUGGCAGUGCCAACAGUGUCUGGCCGUCAACUACCUCGAUGAACACGGUGAAAUCACGGAUCCCCCAGCCAGCGCAGCUUCUUCCGGUGUUGGGUUUAAACAAUAUGCGCAACCGCUGCCUGGAGAAUUUGCAGCUUCAGACUCCUCGAUAUUCUGUUCGACUUGCUUGAAAAAUCAACAUGUUCUUACUCAAACUCUUGCUUCAUACCUGCCGAUGCCGACACAUCCGGACUUUGAAACAUACGAGGCGUCGUAUCCAGAAUACCGGAAGAGCUUGGAGGAGCGUUAUCCUCAGGUAUGCGAGAAGUGCGAACCCCGUGUGCGCAGUCGCAUUGAGCAAGCCGGAUAUGUGGCAAAGGCGGAUCACUUGAGGAGGAUGAUGGAAAAGAGCCGAAAUGGUCGAUCUACUCGUCGUUAUCAUGGAUGGAGCUGGAGAAGCUUGCUUGUUUCUGCGGGUGCCAUGUGCUUCCGGGCUAGUGUUGCUGGUCAGCUUGUCUGGAAUCUCAUGGGAGCAAUGGUUGCUGGCAAUAUAACCCAGAACACAGAAUCCGAUCUCUCAUUGUCGUUGUUACCGCUCUGCUUUGGUCGAAUCUGGAAACAUCAAUCGGCCUUUGAGGAAUGUUCUUCCGUUCUGACCCCUUAUGCGGGGCUAUCUUUGAUUCUGGGGAUUCUGUCAAUUUGGUGGAAUCCGAAGCUCAAGCAUAAGGUGGAAGGGAGGGGUGGACGAUUAACUGGAAUUGGCGAAUACUACAAAGUCCAGAUCAUCGUGCUUGUUGUGAGAUUUGUCGCAUGGGCGUGUUUGGAAGACCCUUCAAUCACGGGCAUCAAUCCAAAGCUUGGUCCUGGUAUCCAUGCUUUUAUGGGUAUUUUCACUACCAUUUCCACGGUUUUGUCGAGAUACGUUAUCAAAUUUGACACCACACCUCUCAUCUCCUGGCAGAGCAACAUCGGACCCCUGAUAUCACAGAAAUCAGAAGAGAACAAUGCAUCCACGCUACAAACAGCAAGCCCACCACACUCCAAAAUCUCGUCUUUUCGUUUGGAUCCUAGCUUGCAACGGUUCCCGAUAAACAGCCUUGCACCUCCUCGACCCCUUGCCCAAACAUCGUGUCUUCCGCCAUUUCCAAAGGCGGAUGUCACUGACGACUCUGACGCAAUGGACUGGAUACCAUCUCAGCAGCCACUGCAGAUAAACGUUACACCCAAACACGUUCAAUCUCAGGAACCCAGAGGACCACUGCCAUUCCAAGGUCAAUUGCCACCAAUUCCAAAGCCGCCUGCCUGGCGAUUACGGAACCCUAUCCAAGAGCGACCCAAAGCCCCGGAACCCAAGCCUAAUCCUUUUCAGAAUGCCCCAGUCCUGCAGCCAAAUCUUCCUUCUAACCAGGGAAGUCAUAUGGAGAGUGUUAUGGCUCCUCCAAAAUAUUUCCCGCCAGGCGAUUUUGCCGCGGAAACGGGGUUGGAAAGUCUGUUCGACGAAGCCUUUUCAAUCAGAGAUGACCCAGUAAGCGUGCAGAAACAACCAUGGAGCUCAGAAUCCAAGCAGCGCGCCCGAGCUUCCGCUCGCUCGUCUCGAAUUUUGAAAUGUGUGUUGCUUGCUAUUUCUAUCUCCAUAUUGCUUGCCGCCCAGGCUUUCCAAUUGCCUGGAAACUCUGUUGGAACUGCGGUUCUAGGAAUUUCACUUCUUAUUUCUGGCUUCUCGCUCCUCGAAUCUCUCAUGAGACCACUGGCGGUCUGGAGUGCGAUUGAUAUAAUCCUGUCCGUUGUCGAACUCGCUGCUUGCAUCUGUCUUGCUAUCUAUUCUCCUCAAGGACUAUAUGAUAGAUAUAAAUUUGAGACGGCUGGAAAAUGUUUGGUGGCUUUCAUGGCUGGACAAGAGAUGAUUGCGCUGGGCUCGUUUUUCUCACGAAAGGCCGCGCCAGCACAAAAUAGCCGGAAGAAACAACAGACUCAGAGCAGCCAACCACCUCAGCCACCAAACCAGACAACCCGUCCUCAAACCCAAAGAUGCGACGACCCUCUUAAAAAAGAACCUAAUCUCCCAUCUCUCACCAACCUCAGUAUCAAGCAAAAAUCCAUCAGAGGAACCCCUGCAAACAGCAACAGUAACAACAACCGUACAAGGAAUACCCCCAACAACCCAACCUCCAGCAACCCUCACAGCACCAACACCCACAGCGCCAGUCCUGCCUACAACAACCUCGCUUCCCACUCCAAUGACCCAACUGCAACUCAUCCAGCCCCCUAUUCCGCAAUCCCCCGUCCAGGACACCUUUCCUCCUUUUCAUCCUUCAACUCCCUUCCCGACAGCCUCCGCUUCACACCUCCCUCAGCCACCACAGCCACUACCUCAACGAGCUGCGCAUCAGAAAUUGCUUCCGAACCCGCUACUCCUCAGCGCAGAUACGCAUAUUCUCGCUCCACGCUCUCACCUGCUCGACAGACCCCCAGCUCUGGGAUCGGCGGGUUGAGUUUGGAUGAUAAUCCGUUGCCCCAAUGUCAACCGCAUUCACAAUCACAGUCGCAGUCGCAGUCACAGUCGACGACACGAACGAUGCGAUAUGCACUUCGCUCGCGUCGGGGCUGA